AUGGAGACAAACAACAUCAACAUGAUAUUUAUUCGUGACAACUAUCCUGAGGACAUAUCACAAGCUUUGAAAAAACUUUGGAACAUCAAAAAGAAGAAUGCGAAGCAGAAAAACAGGAGACUAUUUCUUUUACAAUGCAAAAAUGCACAAUUAUGUCCAACAUUUCUGAAAUUUAGUCUUCCCCACAUCAAAUUCCUGGACAACUCAAUGGGGGAAUUGAACAACAAAAAUGAUAAUACUGAUAUCACACAUACAGAGUGGGUCACUAACCUCACUAACACUACUAUACCUAAAACAGUCAUAGAAGUUUUAAGCUUGGGCCCGAACUACAGCAAAGAAUAUAAAACAAAAGACAUACCUAUAACGGACAUUAUUGCGAGUUUGGAAACUGCAAUUAUGAAUCUGGAACCAGAAACACAGACAAAAAUAAGAACAGAUAUUACAAAUACCAUCACUAAUUUCAAACACAAAAAUUCUAAGAAGAAUAGAGAACAAGUAAUAUUGAAUAAAAAAAUCAAAGAAACGACAGUAUUUCUGAAGAACAAUCCUCAACUCACCAUCCUGAAACCAGAUAAAUCGAAUAAAACCGUUAUUAUGAACAAAAGUGAAUAUAAAAAUAAAAUAAUGGAACAUCUUAAUGACGAACAAACUUACAAAAGAUUGAAUAGAAAUCCUACACAAAUAAUUCAAAAGAAAAAUAACGAAUUAAUAAAAAAUUGGGAAAUGAAAAAUCUUCUACCUAAAAAACUAUGUUCCAGUCUCAAAAUACACAACGCUGUACCUCCCCAAUUCUACGGUUUACCUAAGCUCCACAAAAACAAUAUUCCAUUAAGACCAAUUGUCAGCUGUAUUCAAAGUCCUACCUAUAAUUUAUCAAAAUAUUUAUCCAAGUGUAUUUCACCCAUUAUUGGCCAGAAUGCAUACCACAUAAAAGAUUCUUGGACAUUCAAACAAUUCAUAAAUACAGUGAGCUUGAAAGACAAUGAAAAAUUGGUAUCAUUUGAUGUUGUCAGCCUAUACACCAACACUCCGAUGGAAAAAGCCAAAAGCAUAAUUGCAAAACGAUGGGAUGAAAUAAAACAUCACACAGAUCUCACGAAAGUUGAAUUUCUGAAGGCCACUGAUUUCUGCAUAUCAAACUCUUAUUUUCAGUUUGAGGAUUCUUUUUACAGCCAAAUAGACGGAUGCAGCAUGGGAGCCCCUCUAUCAGCACUAUUAGCCCAAUUGAUAGCGAACCUCUUGAACAGGAGGAUAUUCCUUCUCGAAUGUAAAAGACUGGGAUUAACACCUAAUCAUAUAGGAACAGGAGUCAAGAAUGUUCUGAAUUUGGUUGAAUUUCACACAGGAAGUAGAUUCAAUAAAAAGAUUAGUGGAUUUAACAAAAACUUAGUUAAUAGAUUACUUUCCUUAGAGAUUGAACACAUUCACUUAAAGAUUUCACACAUUUGCAAGUACAAUAGCACCAUAAAAAGAGAGUUGAGACAGACAAUACCAACAGAGAUACAUAGAGAAUUUUUCAGACGCCAGAAGACUACAUACAACAAAAUAUUUCAUAAAGUGAAAGCCACAAACCUCAGAAAAAUUAAAGCACUACAAAGAAGAAUACAUAAAGCAGAUUAUAAAGUUCCAGAGAAAUGGUUCAAGAAUUUGUCCCAGACAACAGAACCUGAAGAGGUUAGAACAGUCCUUGGUUUGGGUUCCAAAUUUAACGUCCCUUUAGACCACAAAGAAAUAAACAUCAAAGACCUAAUAGCAGACGUUGAAAGCAUUUUGGACUUGGUGGAGGAAGAUAGAAGAGACACUUUGAGAGCUAAGAUAGCAAGCAUUAUAACCGGUCAUCUACAUAAAGGUAAAAAUAAUAUUUGUGCGACAGACAACAUAAGAAAACUAUAUAAAACAACGAAAAACUUUUUGAGAACUAAUGAUCACCUUGUAGUUCUCGACAGUGACAAAGGUUCAGUGACUGUACUUAUGGAUAGGGCGGAUUAUCUUCAGAAGAUGUACUCAAUUGUUGACACUGACGAUUUCAAAAAGAUUUCUAGAGACCCAACGACCACUAUCCAGAAUAAAACCAACAAGAUCAUAUCCACACUUGUAAACCAAAAUAUACUAAGUAAAGAAGCUGCAAGAUCAAUGAAAUCAUAUAAUUCAGUGAGCCCUAGAAUGUACGGAAAUCCCAAAAUACAUAAAGAAAAUAUCCCAAUGCGACCAAUCGUAUCUGAUGUACAGGGUCCCACAUGUAAAUUUUCAAAUUAUAUUGCACAAAUCCUAACAGAAGCCUAUGACCAGGAUAAUGCAUAUUAUGUGAGAGAUUCGUUUGACUUUUCCAGUAAGAUUAACAAUUUUGAAUUACCCCCAGAUUAUGUGGUGAUAUCACUUGACGUAGUCAACCUAUUUGGCAACAUAUCAAAGGAGUUGGUACUGAGAGCAAUGGAAUUCCAUUGGAACAAGAUUGAGGCAGUCUGCAACAUAUCAAAAGAAUACUUCAAGGAGAUUAUCACCUUCCUCCUAGAAUCAGGUUACUUCAUGUUCGAUGGCAGUGUCUAUUUGCAGAUGUUUGGGUGCAUUAUGGGAUCCAGACUUAGCCCGAUUUUGUCGUUGUAUGUGAUGGACUAUGUGCUCGACUCCUGUAUACCUAGAUUAACAUUCACACUUGCAUUUAUAAAAAAAUAUGUAGACGACCUAAUAAUAUCCCUACCAUCAACGGGAACUGAGGAGAUAUUGCAAGUUUUCAACAGCUUCGACCCUAAAUUAAAGUUCACGAUUGAAACAGAAGAUUGUUACAACUCUGUUCCGUUCUUAGAUACCAAGGUAUGCCGAGUGGAUAAUAAAGUAAAAUUAAAUUGGUAUAGAAAGACGACUUCUGCAGGAAAGUUUAUACAUUUUUUAUCUGACCAUCCAAUGAGCAUAAAAUUAAAUUUCAUUAAAGAACAAAAAAACAGGAUUUAUAAAAUCUGUGAUCCAACAUUCAGAGAUGGAAGCAUGAAAAGACUGUUUGAUCUUUUAGUUGAGAAUGCCUAUCCUAAAACAAUGUUGAAAAAACUUCUAUAUUCUACUUCAAUGUUGCCUUUGACUGAAAGUCAAACACAACCUGAUAUGGUGGGAGAAACAGAAGUUGUGAAAUAUAGAAGCAUCCCUAACAUCCCUUACCUUACCUACAAAAUUAAGAAUUGUUUUAAAGAUUAUAAUAAAAAAGUGAAAAUAGUAGCACAGUGCAAAAAGAAAGUGGCAAAUUUAUAUUCAAAACUGAAGGACCCUAUACCAAAAGAAAUAAAAUCGAAUGUGGUGUACGAACUGGAAUGUACUGACUGUCAUGAAACCUACGUAGGUCAAACCUCUCAGUGGCUUAGAAAUCGCAUGAACUUACAUAAAAGUGAUAUUAGAACAAAUAACCUGAGAUGUGCAUUAUCUGUUCAUGCUAAUAAGUACUCACACAGUGUUGAUUUUAAUAACGUAAAAAUUUUAGAUGUAAAUGUAAAUUAUAAAAAAAGAUGUAUACUAGAAAUGAUCCACAUACAAACUCAAAAAAGUAAAAUUAACAAAAAAACGGACACGCAGAGAUUAAGUCCAAUAUAUGCAUAUCUCAUAGAAUUUUCUAACAGACCAUUUUUCGAUGGUCCAGUUGAUGAAUGACAUUUAACCUAACUUUGUUUAUUGCGUAUUAUGAUAUUGCGUUUCUUAAUUGAUAAUCAUUUGAUAUUACCCUAUUUGAUGCUUGUGUCUGAUUUUGUACAUUUCUUAGACUUAGAGAUUAACCUCGCAUUCAUUGCCCUGAGGAAGAAGCAAAAUAAGCUUCGAAAGCUAGGCUUUACAUGAAUAAAGAGUAAAUAUAUCUCGUUAAUUGCUGA